GAAUGGGACUCGGGCCGCUCGGACGCGGCGCGAUCGCACGUUGGCGUGGAGUGGAUUGGAGAUUGGAGCUUGGAGGCUCCACGUCCAACAUUUUUCCAAUAUUCCAACAUUCCAACUUGGAACCGCGUGAUGUAACGUGUAAACGCUACGUGCGUACUAUGCUGAGGAGUGAGGCAGAGGCAUAUUGACGCGACGCGGUUGACGCCGGCGACACGACGGACGACGGGGCACGGGACUGACGGGUGAAUCGGUCAUCACUACGAGCAUGGUGCGCGGCGUGCGCGUACGGGCGUCAUGAACGGGAUCUCGCCCUCGCGGUCGUAGAGUGUCGACAGUGUCGUCUGAGGAGAUCGGCGAUCGCUUCCUCUCGGUGGCCGGUGGAUGGUGGAUAUGCACCGCUACCGCCGCCUGUCCUGUCUCGCGCGCUGUGCCGUCGACGAUGAUGCGAUGACGAGUAAAACGACGACGACGACGACGAUGAUGCCACGCGACAUCGGCGACAUUCGCCGACAGUGAGAUCGGCGAUGCGGAUGACAGCAACGACGACGACGACGACGACGACGACGACGACGACGAUGCCGCGAGUGCAGAGCAACGAUCGUGCCCGACGUGGAAUCUGAAUCGUACAACGUACAUACGGUGUUCGCACCCUUUUUCGCGUCCCGCGUUCUCUGCGUUUUCCUUCGCCUCUCCGCGCGAUCGAGACCUCGCCGUCGAGGCGCCGGCUGAGACGGAGCGGUCCCGGGCGCAAUGGCAGCUCACAAGACGGGCGGGCAGAGCGCCCGUAAGAAAGUACAGGUGUCUAUGGUUAUAAGAGAUGAGGUGGAGAAGCAGCACAGGGCAGGCGUCAAUUCCUUGCAGUAUGAUCCAGCUCUGCACAGGCUAUAUUCCGCUGGUAGAGAUAGCAUCAUAAGGAUAUGGAAUUGCAGGAACAUGAAGGAGCCAUAUAUCCAAUCUAUGGAACAUCAUACGGAUUGGGUUAACGACAUAGUGCUAUGUUGUAGUGGCAAAAAUCUUAUAUCUGCAAGUUCCGACACCACUGUCAAGGUAUGGAAUGCGCAUAAAGGUUUCUGUAUGUCCACUCUGCGCACUCAUAAGGACUACGUCAAAGCAUUAGCGUAUGCCAAAGAUAGAGAACAAGUUGCUAGUGCAGGUCUGGACAAGUCGAUAUUUUUGUGGGAUGUUAAUACAUUGACUGCUCUUACUGCGAGCAAUAAUACAGUCACAACGUCGUCCCUCAGUGGAAAUAGAGACUCUAUAUACAGCCUUGCUAUGAAUCAGAUUGGCACGAUUAUCGUGAGUGGUAGCACGGAGAAAGUUCUUCGAGUGUGGGAUCCACGAUUUUGUAGUAAACUCAUGAAACUUCGUGGCCACGCGGACAAUAUUAAAGCAUUAGUUCUGAAUAGGGACGGGACGCAGUGCUUAUCAGCGAGUUCCGAUGGUACUAUUAAAUUAUGGUCACUUGGCCAACAAAGAUGUGUGCAAACAUUUAGAGUUCACAAAGAAGGCGUAUGGGCGUUAUUGGCAACGGAUAAUUUUAGCCAUGUAAUAUCUGGAGGCAGGGAUAAGAGAGUUGUAAUGACAGAAUUAAGUUACGCAGAGAGAUAUACAGUUAUUUGCGAAGAAAAGGCACCUAUACUCAAGAUGGCUAUGACGCCAGAUCAAUCUAGUAUUUGGGUUGCCACCAGCGAAUCAACCAUUAACAAUUGGCCAAUAAGCCAAAAAGAUUGGCAAGAGUUAGGAAUUGGAGAUUGUUGCGAUACCGCAAGUAAUGUAUCGGGCAAUAUUUUAAAAAACAUCGAACCUGCACAGAAAAUACUGGGUGGUCCUGCUAUAAGACAUUAUAAUAUAUUAAAUGAUAAAAGACACGUGUUAACAAAGGAUACGGAAGAAAAUGUUGCGCUAUAUGACGUAUUAAAGGCAUGUAAAAUAGAAGAUUUAGGCAGAGUCGAUUUUGAGCAGGAGUGUAAAAAGAGAAAUAAAAUGGUGUAUGUUCCAAACUGGUUUAACGUCGAUCUCAAAACAGGGAUGUUAACUAUACAUUUAGGGCAAGACGAAAACGAUUGCUUCUCUGCAUGGGUUUCCGCCAAAGAGACCGGUUUAGCGGAGAACGAUGCUGUAGAUCAAAAAGUAAAUUAUGGGAACCUCCUGUUGCAAGCGUUACUCGAACACUGGUGGAGACCGUUACACGCUGAUGACGAGAAUGAGGGUAAUGGCAAUGAUGGAAACGGGCCUAUGCACACGAGAGGAGGAAAUCCAUACUUCUCAGUUCCUAGUCAUACACCUGUCAUUUUCAGCGAAGUGGGAGGUAGGACCAUCUACCGAUUAUUGGUUCGAGAUGCCGCGGGAGAAACUGAGGGUGUCCUAUUGAACGAGACUGUACCGCCAUGGGUGGUGAAUAUCGUCGUGGAUAAGAAUCUUCCGCAAUUCAUUAAAAUACCUUUUUAUCUUCUUCCACAUGCCUCUUCAGGUGUAAAGAGUUUGAAAAAGGAUCGUUUGAUAGCAAAUGAUUUUAUACAAGUGCGUAAAGUGGCCGAACAUGUUUACGAUAAAGUGCUCGGUGCAGGAAGCGACUCAGGUUCAGUGGCUGGCGGUGGAAAUACAGUUUCCAGCGGGUCUCCGGCAGGCGAUAGGACCAACACAGAUUCCACGGCUGAUACGUCUUCGCUGGCCGAGGAAAAAGUUGAACUCUUAUGUAACGAUCAGGUCUUGGAUCCUUCAAUGGAUUUGAGAACGGUUAGACAUUUUAUCUGGAAAAGUUCGGCGGAUUUAACACUUCAUUAUCGUCCUGUUAAAUAGUUGGGAUUAACUACCGUGCAUCAUGAAUCUUUACAGUGUGCCUGGUUUUAUACCAUGAAUAGUGGAAAAUACAUGGGCUACUUGCAGAAUAUGGUACCUUGUACCACCUUCUUCUUAGGAAAUGAUCACCUGGAUUUAACGAAUGUUUCACGUGACGUUGAAGCGGGAGCGAAAGAAAGCGAGGCGUAUUUGGAGUAUUAGAGAACAUUUAGUUCCAAGGCAAUAAUGUGUAAAAGUAUUAAUGUAACGUGCUCACUUUUAUACACUUGCAUCCUGCGGCCAAAUUCACACAACGGGGAGCAUUACUCGAUUAAUCUGCUUGAGAAUAUCAUGCUUUUUGUACCUGGAUAUAGAAUUUAAAGUGCUUGUUGUCAGCCAUAUACCGUCUUCCCACCUCAAAAAGUAUCAAUAAGAACGCAACAAAGCACAAAUGCAACAAAGAAAAGGGGAAUAGACCGCAUGGCAGAGAAACGUGUUGGUUCUGUUAGGUCUAAUGUGGACCCAGGUGAUCCUCACAAAUGCUUUUUAAAUUUCCUUUAUUAAUUUUAUUUUAGCGGUAUUUCGUACGCGGUAGGAUCGUCUUCUUUUAGUAUUGUAAUAAAAAGUAUUGAAUAUAUUUAUUGAGGGUAUAAGAAAUUAUACACGGCGUUUUGUUAUAUGCAUGCAUGCAAAAUGUGUACUCCACACCUGCCUUGUUAUAUUAGAGAGCAAGAAAAACAUAUACAUAAAAGAGAGAGGAGAGAUAUGUCAAUUUAUCAUUAAUCAAAUUAUAUUUGAAUAGCCAAAUUAGACAAGUUCAAUAUUUCCUAUUGUUCAUAUAGGAAAUAAGAGAAUGUAUUUGUCUGCAAUGUAAUAAGAUCAAAUUCUGUCCUGACCUCGAAGGUAAUAAAAUAUAAAUGUGGGAUAUAUAUGCAUGUUUAACACACACACACACACACCAAAAAUUAAAUUUUGUAAGAUAUAAAUACCAUUGAUAAUAUAAUUAUUAUCAAAGAAUAUAUACAGUAUUCAACAGAAUUUGAUCUUUGAAAAGAUUUAUGAUGAAUAAAAAUGUAGUUGUUUUUAAGUUAACAUUCAAUUUUUUAAAUUAUUAUAAUCUGUACAUACGAACACGACUGUGGAUACUGUCCAUUAAUAAUAAUAGUAUGCUGUGUGAAUAAAAAUUUAACAGAUCUUCGUGUGCAAACAACUCUGAGCCAAUA